AUGGCGCAGAGACAGCCCCGGGGCUGCCCCCGCUCCCCGGGCGGCCGGGGGGCCCCACAAGCCGCCACCUUCAGGCUGGUGUCGCAGCCGCAGACGGUGCAGGUGAGCUCCCAGCCCGCCUUCCUCGGGGGGCUGGUGCUGGUGCCGGCCCUGGGGACCCCCGCCAGCCUGAUGGCACCACGGGGACCCUGCGUGGUGGCAGCGGCUCCCGGCGAGGCUGCGGACGGCGGCGGGACAGCGGUGACGCCAGAGCACGGGAGCAGCCUGGAGCCCGAGGAGCGCAGCAUGGAGCCGCCGGCCGUUCCAGAGGAGGAGGAGGAGGAGAAGGAGGAGGAGGAGGGGGCGGUGCCCCUCUCCAUGGCGCCCGGCCCCGUGGGAUGCCAGCUCUUUGGAUACGUGGGAAUCGAAGCUGUGCUCGACCAGAUGAAAAUCAAAACCAUGAAGACAGGCUUUGAGUUCAACAUCAUGGUUGUGGGGCAGAGUGGGCUGGGGAAGUCCACCAUGGUGAACACCCUCUUCAAGUCCAAGGUGAGCCGCAAAUCCUCACAGCCCGGCCAGGAGGAGCGGAUUCCCAAAACAGUGCAGCUCCAGUCCAUCACCCACGUCAUCGAGGAGAAGGGGGUGAAGAUGAAGCUGACGGUGACCGACACACCAGGGUUUGGGGACCAGAUCAACAAUGAGAACUGCUGGGACCCCAUCAUCAAAUACAUCAACGAGCAGUACGAGAGAUACCUGCGGGAGGAGAUCCUCAUCACCCGCAAGAGGAAGAUCCCGGACACUCGGGUCCAUGGAUGUGUCUACUUUGUCCCCCCCACAGGUCACUGGCUGCGCCCGCUGGACCUGGAGUUCAUGCGGCGGCUCAGCAAGAUCGUCAACGUGGUGCCGGUGAUCGCCAAAGCUGACACGCUCACCCUGGAGGAACGGGCAGAAUUCAAGCAGCGGAUCCAGGAGAACCUGAAGACCCACGCCAUCAGCGUGUACCCGCAGGAGGACUUCGACCAGGAUCCCGAAGACAGGGCACUGAACGACAGGAUUCGUGAGAAGAUUCCCUUCGCCGUGGUGGGGGCAGACCAGGAGCACCAGGUGAACGGCAAACGCGUGCUGGGCCGCAAGACCAAGUGGGGCAUCAUUGAAGUGGAGAACCCAGCACACUGCGAGUUCCCCCUCCUGCAGGACCUGCUGAUCCGGUCACACCUGCAGGACCUGAAGGACAUCACCCACAACGUCCACUACGAAAGUUACCGCGUGCGGCGGCUGAACGAGAGCAACCAGCUGGGGCUGAGCCCCCUCAAUGGGCUGCCAGGCAAGGGCGAGGCCAGCAGCCACCUCUGAGUCACCUUGUGCCCCCCAGACCACCACUGAACCCCAUGGCAGUGCCCACCCCUGCCCGCCGUGGCCGUGCCAGGUACCUGCCUGGGGUGAAGAGCCUCCCCCAGGAGUUCCCAGCUGUCCUGACAUGGGUCCCUCAUCCCCGAGCUCUGCCAUGGGCACAGACCCCCGGACCCUGUGUGACAUUAAAGGUUAACCCAGAGCCUUCAGCCUUCACCCUCCUGCGGGACUCCCAGCUUUUGACGUGCCACCACCCUGCUGUGCUGCUCUGGCUGCUGGGCACGCUGCGGAAGUGGGUGGGGUGUGGCCGGGGUGCAGAUGCCCUGCCCAUGGUCACCUCAGCCGCCCUGCCCAGGGAGGCAGCUGGCACAGCUGGACUUUGAGCCGCUUAUCAGGUGGUGGAGGUGCCAGGAGGGGAACGGAGGUGCCGGAAGGGUGUAGAGAUGUCGCCUGCAAGGGUGUGAAGGGGCUACACCCAUCUGUGGCACCCCCCCCCGCCCCCCCCCGUCAGGAGCCCUGUUCUGGGUGCAGCCCCUAAACCCCUCGGGGGGACCCGGUGGGCUCUGCCCCACUGACUGCCAAGGUGUCGAGGUGGCCCCCCCGGUACUCUAGGGGUGCACGAAAGGCCCUUUUGUACCUCGUGCCGUGGGCAGGGCUGGGGCUCGCUGCCAGGGCGGUGGCACACGGUGGCCUCCUGCCCGCCCGGGGCCCCGCCGCGGGGCCC